CUCUAACUUCUCUGAAAUCUUAAUUAGAAUUAUCAAGUAUCCCUUCUCACUUGUAGGGACAUCACGUUCACCCUAACUUACGUUAGUCCCUUCGCUGCUCAGCAACCCAAAGUUCCGAGGUUUAACAUUGGUCACUUAAGAAAAAUAUCAGAACACUUCAAUAAAUUCAAUGAAAUGUUGGUGCACUAUACGGUUCUUCGUCAUUUGAUUCAUAAGAAGAAACACGAGAUGUGGUUCUUGGUGAAUGACAAGCCCGUGUGUUUUGGCUUGAAUGAGUUUGCUUUGAUCACUGGUCUAAACUGUGGAUCAUAUCCCAGCCGAACUAGAGAGGAAAGGGAACUUAAGAAAGGGGCAGCAUUUUGCACAAAAGUUUGUCGCGAUAGAAAGAUUUCGGCAGAAAAGCUGUUGGCGGUGAUCAGAGGGCCUAGGCUGACCAAAGAGGAAAAGCUCAAAUUUUGUCUAGUGUAGUUUCUGCACACAAUAUUGCUUGCCAAAGAUGUGUCGAGGGGUGUGGAUCAUGACACGAUAAAAAUGGCAGACGAUUUGGAGUUCUUUAGUAGCUAUCCUUGGGGAAAGGAAUCAUUUAAACUCACUCUGGACUACUUGAAGAACAAGAUAGACAUUCCCAAGCACCACCAAGUGCACGCGGAGAAAAGGGUUGCAUCAUAUGCUCUCUAUGGCUUCCCCUGGGCAUUCAUGGUCUGGGCAUAUGAAGCUUUUCCUGCACUUGGAAGGAAUGCUGGGAAAUCAGAGGAGGUUCCUUUCCCUAUUCUUAGGAUUCUUAGGUGGCACAUGAAGAAAAUGGAGCGAUUUGGUGAAGGAGAUCCAUUUAAGAGAGCUGGAGUUAUCGAGAUGGUGCACCCUCACCUCAUCCCUACAGUGCAUGAGUUGGAGCAGGAUUACAUGAAAAAUCUGCUGCCAUAUGAUGAUGAAAAUAAUGACCCAAUCAUUGAUGAGUUGGAGCGUGAACCUGAAGGCGUGACUGUUUUGAUUACACCAAAAAAUUCCUCGAAGCCUUCUAGUAGGAAGGGGAAGGAGUCCAUGGAGAAUUUUGAUGAGGACUAUACUCAAGAGGCCGAGGAUAAUCAUUCGGAAGAUCUUGGUGGUAAUUCAGCCGCAAAAGAUAAUGUUGGUGUUGGGACAUCUAUGGGCCGUGCUGUACCAAGUGGGCAGGUAGAGCAUGAUCAACUGAAGCAGCGUGUGGAGAAGAUUGAGGAGUCUUUGAAGGUUCUUGUCACUUAUGUUGAGGGGGAGAGAAUUAGAAAGAGCGAGAAGGCGAAGAAGAAGAAAGAGACUCUCAAUGAAGCUGCUGGUGAGGUUGAGGUUGAUGUUGAUGUUGAUCAGCCAAUUGCUCGACAUAUCGAUGUGCCAAAUGCUCAAGAUGUUCAUGUGCAAGUGCUCAAGAUCUCUCUGUGCCAACUUAUCAAGAUCUCCCUGCUGCUGUGUCUGCUACUGAAGUUGAGAAGGAGUCUGCUACUGAAGUUGCGAAUGAAAAAGAAGUCCCUGCUGCUGAAGUCGAGACCCUGUUGCUGAAGUCGAGAUCCCUGCUGCUGAAAGAGAGAAGGAAAAAGAAGUCUCCGCUGAUGAAGUUGAGGUACAAAAAGAAGUCCCUAAUGAUGAAGCUGAGAAUGAAAAAUAAGUCCCUAAUGAUAAAGCUAAUGCUGAGUUUGACGCUGUCAAAGUUGUGUCGACUGUUGUCGAGGAAAUUAAUGGCUCCAUCAAGGAGUAAUUUGACAUUUGGGUUGUAACAAACAAUUAAUUUGUGUGUGGUGGAUGAUAACAAACAAUUUUAUUGCUUAGUUUUAACUAUUUUUUAAUUUAACAAACAAUUUAAGACAACUAUGUUGUUGCCUUGUGAAUUUGGAUGGGCAAAUUUUUGUAAGUGGUAAUUUAUGAC